AUGGCCCAAGAACACGCUCAUUCUUCAGCCAUAGAGAGACUUUUGAAUUGUGAGGUACCUUUACAAGCUCAAUAUAUAAGAGAGUUAUUCUAUGAAAUAACUCAAAUUUCAAAUCAUUCACUUGUUUCAACUACUCAUGCUAUGGACGUGGGAGCAUCAACUCUGUUCCUUUGGGCUUUUGAGGAGUGGGAGAAAUUGUUGAAAUUUUAUGAAAGAGUCCCGGGAGCUAGUAUGCAUGCCAGUUUCAUACGACCUAGUGGAGUGGCACAAGAUCCGCCUCUUGGCUUAUGUCGAGAUAUUAAUUCCUCCACACAACAAUUUUCUUCUUGCAUCGAUGAAUUGGAAGAGAUGUCAACCGACAACCGUAUCUGGAAACAACGAUUAAUGGAUAUUGGUACCGUCACUGCGCAGCAAGCAAAGGAUUGGGGAUUCAGUGGUGUAAUGUUAAGAGGUCGCGCGACAUGA